UAAGAGAGUCCCUUACAGGUAUACUUAUAGCCUAUUCGACAGGUCAAAGGACCACUACUACGUACUCAAAAUGCUAGCAAUACAGUUGAUAUCAAUUUUGCAAUCAAUAUGCAUUUCUUGGUUUUCAUUUUUCUUGGUGCAACAGUUUUCUGGAAUCAGUCUGUGGCGAUUACUCAAUUCUUUGUGGACGAAUCGAAAGGCAACGAUGGCAACGUUGGUACAAUGGCUGCACCUUUCAAGACGUUUCCUCGUGCAAGAGAUGCGGUGAGGAACGCGACGCAGAAUGGAAGUCAAGUUCCGUCUGGUGGAGUUCAAGUCUGGGUGAGGGGUGGAGACUAUGACGUGACGUCAUCACCGUUGGAUUUGGAAAAACAAGAUUCAGGAGUACAAGGCUCACCAAUCACUUAUGCUGCAUAUAACAAUGAACAUGUUCGACUGAUGGCUGGCAAACUCAUUCCAAUAACAUCAUUUAAACUGGCACCAGAAGUUGGGAGGAAAGUUUACAAGGUUGAUCUCAAGCAACUGGGACUGAUGGACUAUGGAGAAUUGGAAUCGGGUGAGUUGGGAGCUUGUACCAACAACAAAAUGGAACUGUUUUACAACAACGAGCCGAUGGUACUUGCUCGUCAUCCCAACAUCUUAGGUGAUGGCAUGUGGCAGUGGAUGCAAAUAGAGAACGUUGUUAACUCAUCAGCAUUUACAUUUAACUGCAGCAAGGCAGACUGGGGUGAUGUCUCAACGCUGUGGCUGCAUGGCUACUGGAAGUAUGAUUGGGCAGACAACUAUGUUCAUGUCUUGCAGUACGAUGCCUCGUCAUGCACUGUGCAUCUUGAUCCUAAGACACCAGUUUUAUACGAACUGACAAAAGGUGCUCGUUUUUAUGCACUCAAUUUGUUACACUUUCUCGAUUCUCCAUUUGAGUAUUAUAUUGACAGGAAAGCAGCGAUGCUUUACUUCUUUCCUGCAACACUUUUGGAGACCGGACCGGCCUAUUUAUCCGUUGGCCAGUACAUUGUGAACGGCACUGGUGUUAGUCAUGUGGUAAUACAGAAUCUGAACAUGUACUUCAGUCGAUCGACGGCCAUUGAGAUGCAUGAUGUGGACAGCGUCCAGUUGUCAGGAUUUGAAGUUGCUAAUCAUGGUGCAACUUCUGUGCUUCUUUAUGGAUCUAACAGCCAAGUGUAUAACCUCGUGAUUGCUGGAAAUGGAUGUGGAGGAUUGCACGUUUCUGGGGGAGAUCAAAAACUCUUGACACGAGGAAAUAACACUGUGAGUGGCUGCAAUCUGUCUCGCUGGUCUCGGUGGAAAAGAACGUAUCAGCCUGGUCUGUCGUGGGGAGGCGUUGGUAACACAUACACGAAGAAUGAGAUUUCUAAUGGACCUCAUUCUGGCAUUCUGGGAGGCGGUAAUGAUUGCACAUUUACUUACAACUUGUUGAGUACACUUUGCUACGAGGCAACAGACUCAGGUGGCUUUUACACAGGCCGCAGCUGGAUUGACAGAGGCAAUGUUAUUGCCCAUAAUGUCUUUAAAUCAAUCCGAGCAACUGAGAAUGUUGUGCUGGGAGCAAAAUCAGUGCAGGCAAUAUAUUUGGAUGACCAGAUGAGUGGGUAUGAUAUUUAUAACAACACCUUCAUUGACUGUUUUUGUGGAAGUUUUAUUGGAGGUGGUCGACGUAACAAAAUUCAUGAAAAUAUGUACAUCAACUGCAGCACGGAUGUCCACAUCGACAACAGAGGAAUGAAUUGGCAGAAUGCCAACUGCAAACCAGGUGGCAUGUUCGAUCAACAACUUCAGAGUGUGAAUUACCAGCAACCACCUUGGUCAACACACUACCCAGAACUGGUAAAUAUUUUCAAAGACCAUCCUUGUAUACCUGUUUACAAUGAGGUGGAAAACAAUGUCUACUGCAAUGCUGAUGGUAAAUUUAUUGAUGCAACAAGCCAGGACACACAAAAAUGGAUGGAUACUGUGAAGAAUAACACAGAAAAUUGUCACCACAAUGACAGACAAUAACUAAAUGAAGCAGCGUUUUGUGUCAGUGGUGUGUAAUUUUGCUGAUAUUGACAUUGAUUGUUUUGAGUACUCUGACUGUUGCAUUUUUUUAUGCAGACUGUAUGUGUCAUGACUGUGACUGUUUUUAGUAUGUUUGAAUACUGGUUUGGCACUAAAUGGCAAUGACAUUGCUUAUAAA